CCCCAGGCGGGGCAGCAGCACCUGGAGCUGGCUCCUUCCUACCUGUGCAGGUGGGGAGCUUUAACCGUGGCUGUGCCAGGGCCUGCCCGCAUUCACAGCCUGGAGAAGGCACAGAAUCCUCUCCCGGGUCACAAGGAGCCCCUGGCUAACCCGGACUCAUCCCCUGCGCCACCCAGCAGCGCAGAGCUGCCCUCCGGCACAGGGAGGUUGCUCCGGGUGUGUUUUUACCCCCAUGAACUCCCCAGAAUUUGGGGGGAAUCUGUCUCGGAGGAAAACGGCCAACCCGUGUUUUUUCUCUUUAAAAACAAAGGCGCUGCCAGGCUCUGCUGUUUUCUUUUCAGUUCUGUUAAAAGGUUGAGGUUUGCUGUUUGGAAAUAACCUCGGUGUGCCGUUCCCUUGCAGAUGAACGGAGCAUCCCCCAGCUGAGCUCCUGUGGGGAGGCACCGAAUGGUCUCUGUGAGCUGCCAGGACCUGCUGCCCUCCCCGAGCAGCCCUUCCCUGCUCGGGAGCUUGGCCAGCGCCCUGCAGUGCAGGAUGCCACCGUCCCUUCUGCCAGGUGACACGGAGGGCUCUGGCCACGUCCUGGCGAGCAGCACCGGGGGUGCCAAGGGCGAGCCCCCCAAAGCCCAGCUCAGCGAGGCUCAGCUCAGGCUGCCCGACUUCUGCCUCUCCCAGAGCUUCAUCCCCACGCUGGAGGAGAUCGAGGAGUUCCUCAGGGAGAAGGCAGAGCUCCCCAGGGAUGGAGCAGGAGAUCCUCACCCCGCGGGGUGGAAUGAGGAGAGCGAAGCUGAGCUCGGCUGCGGGGCGCACGGAGGAAGAGGAGGAGGAGGAAGAGGAGGAGGAGGUGGAGGACACGUCCCAAACGCUGCGGGGACAGCUGCCGGUGACCAGGCAGUCCCCGUUAUCCUGCAGCUCCAGCCUCUCCCGACGGACAGCAUCACCCCCCAGGCUGGGGGUGUCAGGGUGGCCCAGCUGCUGAUCAGCCUGCAGACCCCAAACCCUCCCCUCCUCCCUCAGCUCCAGCCCCCCGGCACCAUCCUGGACCAAAAGUACGUCCGAAUCGCCCCUCUGCCGGUGGCCACGGGGCCGGGGGACGCGCAGGAGGCCGAGGCAGCCCCCGGGUACCAGCAGGGUCCCCCAUCCCUGCUCCGCAUCCACCGCUGCUCCCACCCGGGCUGCGGGAAGGUUUAUUCCAAGAGCUCCCACCUGAAGGCUCAUUUCCGCCGGCACACGGGGGAGAAGCCCUACACCUGUGGGUGGCCCGACUGCGGCUGGAGGUUCUCCCGCUCGGAUGAGCUCUCCCGCCACAAGCGCUCCCACUCCGGGCUCAAGCCCUACCAGUGCACAGCCUGUGAGAAGAAGUUUGCCCGCAGUGACCACUUGGCCAAGCACCUGAAGAUCCACCGGGGCCAGCCCUGCGGCCCACGGACGCUUCCAGGGGGGAGCAGGAGUUAAUUCCUGCUGCUCAUCCCUGCCAGCGAGGCCGGGAGGUGCCAGCAGCUGAGGGAGGAGGGGGAAGUGACCCCUGAACAAGCGACAGGAGAUUUGGUUGUCCCUCCUUUCACGGGUGGUGAAAUUCCCGAGCUGUUUCUGGCUCUCUUUGAAAUACAAGUGAUGGAAAUCGGCCUGGA